UUGUUAUUGGUUAAUCCAGCUGCUCCCAUGGUGCUGCAAACUAAACAGUGGUGGCAGGCAGGUGUCCUGUAAAUAUCCCAGUAGUUAGCUUAGAGUAGAACCAGAAGUAGGUUUCUACAUUUUAGUAUUUUGGGGUCAAACAAUUGCUUGUCUGCCUCUUCACCCUUCGGCUGUGACGGUUCUGUUGGCGAGCUGUCACCUUUGUUUUGUACCAACAUGUCCGGCGGAGGUGUCAUUCGUGGGCCGGCAGGUAGUAACGACUGUCGGAUAUACGUGGGCAACCUGCCACCUGACAUCCGCACCAAAGACGUAGAGGACGUGUUUUAUAAAUACGGAAUCAUUCGGGAUGUUGAUCUGAAAAACCGGACAGGAGGAGGACCACCGUUUGCCUUCGUUGAAUUCGAGGACCCGAGGGAUGCGGAGGAUGCCGUGUAUGGACGUGACGGUUACGACUACGAUGGCUACCGUCUGCGUGUGGAGUUUCCCCGAAGUGGCAGGGCAGGUGGUGGAGCUUCAGGACCACCGAGGGGAAGGUAUGGUCCACCUUCACGACACUCCGAGUACAGGGUUGUUGUCUCAGGCCUUCCUCCCAGUGGUAGCUGGCAGGACCUGAAGGAUCACAUGCGAGAGGCAGGUGAUGUAUGUUACGCUGAUGUGUACCGUGAUGGCACCGGAGUGGUGGAGUUUGUACGCAAGGAAGACAUGUCCUACGCUGUCCGCAAGCUGGAUAACACUAAGUUUCGCUCUCAUGAGAGUUCAGAGGAGCAGGAUAGGAUGGAAACAGAGGAAAAGGAAACACAGUUCAUAUUAGGAUAAACAGAAGGAGGAUUCAAAUGUGGCACAAAUGGUUUGGACUGGGCUCAUUGUCUCCCCAUUCCGGAGCCGGAUCAGGAUUAGGAUUAGGUUUCCGGAUGGAUACAAGGAGAAGGAGCAUUUUUUACCGGGAGAGGAUCCUCAUCAAACCGGAAGCAAUGUAGUGAAAUAUGUAACUAAAUUGGCCUUUAAAACAAGUCAAAAGAAAAAUGUUUCUUUUUGUGUUGGACUUUGCCUUUUGUUUUCAAUAAGUGGGGCAAAGCUCGGAUCAAAACCAGGAGGUGGGAUGGGAGGUGCAGGAUGGAUCCACGCACGUAAGGAGAGUGGUAAAUAGUUGGCAACUAUUAAUAGCAGAGGAGGGAGGAUGGGGAGGUAAAAAGGGAAUGUGACCUUUUAUGUGUUUUUCUCCCUCUUAGGUGGGUCUGGUGAUGCAACAGAUACAUUUUGGUUUUGCUUUACGUAAUCUCAAGUAUCUUGAAGUUUUGUUCUCUUCAAUAAAACCUCAGUUAAUAGUUUCGUA